CCGCCCGCCAUAUUGAGUGUGGCCGCCGCGGCCCGCACACGCGCCGGAUAUCGCGAUAAAAACGGCGUCAUGAUCAGAAACAGCGUUUAUUGAUCGUUUUAGCGACAGCGCCAGGGUUUCCCCGCAGCCGGCCUUCAGCGCUCGCCCGCUUUACGCAGCGCUCCCCGCCGCGCUCGGGGUGAAACGCGGUCGCCCGGCGGCGCCAGGCCUGCGGCGGGGCGGGGUCAGGGGGCGUGGCUGUCCCGUGCGAGGCUAUAAAAGGGCGGCGCGGGGCCGCCCGCUCCUGCCAGACUCAAGAUGGCGGCGCUGAGGGCGGUGGGGGCGGCGCUGCUGCGGCCCGGGCGUGGGGAGGCGGCGGCCAGGCUGGGCUACCACAAGAAGGUGGUGGAUCACUACGAGAACCCGCGCAAUGUCGGCUCCCUGGACCGCAACGCCAAGAACGUGGGUACCGGCCUGGUGGGCGCCCCGGCCUGCGGCGACGUCAUGAAGCUGCAGGUGGAAGUGGACGAGAACGGGAGGAUCAUCGAUGCCCGUUUCAAAACCUUUGGCUGCGGGUCAGCGAUUGCGUCGAGUUCAUUGGCGACGGAGUGGGUCAAAGGGAAAACGGUUGAUGAAGCGUUGAAAAUCAAGAACACGGAUAUCGCUAAAGAACUCUGCCUUCCUCCAGUCAAACUGCACUGCUCUAUGUUGGCUGAAGACGCGAUCAAGGCUGCCUUGGCUGAUUACAAGUUGAAGCAGGAUCCGAACAAGGAAGAGUCAGAGAAGAAAGCAAACAAUGCCUAAACUGACUGUAAAGGUUGUUCUCAUUCCACUUAAAUUUGCGGUGCAAUUACUCUAGCUAUUAGUAGGAUCCUCUGCACUACUAAAUGAAGCUGUAAGAUACGCACAACUUACGCACAACGUGUCACUGUUCGUGUGUGUACAGCCACUCUCGUAGUGCUUACACGGCUGGGAUGUGGGUGUUUCAGCAGCCUGUGUCCUGUCACGACUGUGUUUGAAAUGUUAGAGUGAAGAAGACUGCCUUCACCUGCAGAGAACUCAGCGGCUUCUCUCCGGAGAGAAAAUCCUGCUGUUCCGGUACUGGAAGGGCUGCACUUUUUUUUUUUGGAAGAUGUAUAGUUUUGCCUAAUAUUUUACAGAAUUCAGUGGAAAACAUUGCCUUGGUCUUAAUGUUUCUGUAAGAACUGCAGAUCAGUCUGUGUAUCGAUGCCGUAUACAAAUGUGGGGUGGUGCGUCCGCCCGCAAACUGCAGCUAUGUGUGGUUUCAUUUCUGGGCGUGUGGGAGUUCCUCCACAGGUGCUGGGACGCGUCCGCUGGCACUAGAGGGCCCUGACAACACGCUGCUGGGUGCCACCGCUCCAGGAAGCGCAGAGCCCAUGCAGCACGGCUGAUGUCUGCUCGUCACAGCCAAUGCUCGCUUCGUUUUUUGUUUUUAAGCUCCUGUGAGAGGAACAGUCUUAAUUUUGGAGUGUCUUCUAGAAGAAUUCAGCCUUUGGACUGGCCAGGUACUCUGUUAGAAGAGAGUAAAGGCACCUCGGGUUUGAACCCAGGAGGGGAGUAGCGUAGCUGGGAUGCAGAGCUGAGGGGAAGCCCCCAGGGGAGCAGGGGUUGGUGUGAGCCGGCUCCCCGGGAGCUGGGGCGCGCCGACAUUUCGAAGUUACACGUUUUGUGGUGAUGGGGCAGGGUUACUGCUGCAGGCCACCCUGCUCUCCUGUGCCUUCUGAGGACUGCUUUUUUCCAGAGGAGUAUUUCCAGAGAUUUCCAAAACAAACAGAAAACACUUAUAAAAACUUUGCCCACUCUUAAGAUUUUAAACCACCCAAGAAACCUUACUUGCCUUUUUUCAUAGCUGAGGUGUUGUAAAAACAUUAAAAACCACAUUUAAAAAUAA